ACGACAGCGCGAUAAAAAUUAGUAUUGUUGCACUUCACAAAUUAAUGACCAUGAGUUCCUACUUGAUAAACUCCAACUACAUCGAGCCUUCCUUCCCGCCGUGCGACGAGUACCAGCAGGGCGGGUACGAGUACUACGAGCGGCCCAAAGAGCCGGGCUUCCCUCACCACCACGAUGAUGCCUCCUAUCCGAGGUCAAACUACACCGAGUCCGGCUACGACUACGGACACGAGGACUUCAGCGACGGGCACCACACGCAGCCGCAGCCGGUCCCGGCUCCUCCACAGCAGCAGCAGCAGCAGCAGGCGCAGACGCUCCACGGGGCUCGGCUCUCCGCGGGCCCGGACGGUGGCGCUGGAGCGGCGGCCAGCAAAGACUGCAGCCUCGCCGGGGAGCUGUAUCCCGGCUUGGCGAAGGGCAAGGAGCCGGUGGUUUACCCGUGGAUGAAGAAGGUCCACGUGAGCUCGGUCAACGCCAGCUACAACGGCGGCGUCCCCAAGCGCUCCCGCACCGCCUACACCCGCCAGCAGGCCCUGGAGCUGGAGAAGGAGUUCCACUUCAACCGCUACCUGACCCGCCGCCGGCGCGUGGAGAUCGCUCACACCAUGUGCCUGUCUGAGCGGCAGGUCAAGAUCUGGUUCCAGAACCGCCGGAUGAAGUGGAAGAAGGAGCACAAGCUGCCCAACACUAAGAUCCGCUCCUCCAGCUCAGCUUCAUCGUCGUCGUCGUCGGGGGUCAAAACAGGGCAGCAGCUCGUCCCCACGCCGUGCACCACCGCGCUAUAGUCCCCCCCCCAGCACCCCCACUGCCGUUCAAACCAGACUGAGAAGUGGAUAUCAUGGACCCAAAUCUCAACAUUUGAAGGAGUCUGCCAUCUUGUCGCCUCCCUCUUCUUCUUCAUAUAAGCUUGAAACCACCAACAGUCCCCGCCGUUCAAGUGUUGAUAUAUUUGUUUACGCAGGACUCGGAUCAGUUAAAGUGCGAGAGGUAAACCUCUUUUUUAUUUUCUAUCUCAUGGAGAGUGCUAAUAUACUUGAAAGAUUUUGGAUAUUUGGCAUAACAGUGUAGUCUGCGUGUGUGUUCGAGUACUGCGUGUAGGACAUAUGUGAUGUACAUAAGGAUCAUAACGAAGGCACAAUGAAGGAGGAGACAUUUCACGGUAGACUUUAGUUUGUGGUAGUUUCUUUGUGCUAGUGCGUCAUGUUUGUUGUGAUGUUCUAAACUGUGAAUACGUGUCGUCGCUGUGUCGUGGUAGAGUAGACCAAACGUGUCUCUGUGGAAAUAAAUAUUCA